GAGACGAGUCGGUUGCUGGCCUGACGACUCGUUAUGGUGCCCCCAAGACGUUUGGCUCAUGGCCCCUUCUGAAGCCACGGCCGCUCUAGAUCAGGCUACCCAAGAGAUGAAUGUUUUGGCCCAAGUGAACCUUCCGACUCCAGCCAGAUCUAUCAUAGAGCGCUGCGCCGACCUGUCUUUUACCGACCUGAGUUUAGCCGACCUCGAAGCUGUAGUUCAGGUCGCAAUAGAGUUGCUGGUACAGCCCACACUGGAGUCGGAAGCUCCCCCCAUCCUCGAUCGGAUGAUGGCAAGGAUCACCAAACUUCGAGUCGAGCUACCUCUAAUCCGACCUCCAUCGUCCGAGGUCACGUCAUCUCAACCAACCGCUGAUCCAGCCAGUCUUGAGACAACCUUGAAGAAGGUCGAUCAAGACCUUAAUCUUGCCAAGGCUACGCUGGACGAACUCCGACAAAUGCGACACACGUUGGCGGCUGAGAUCUCCCAAAAGACGGAAGAGCUCAGACGCCUCCAAGAACAGUUGGAGUCCCUGGAUGACAGCAUUCAGGAAGGGAGUCGCCUGGUGGAGGCACACUGCCAGACCCAGAUGAGUCUCUGCGACUCCAAACAGCCAUACGAAUGAGACUCGUCCGGGGACACCAGGAGGCUUAUCAGCGUCGGCGGGCCACACGGUCGGAAUUGAAGUGGACCGACCUCCGAACCGCCCUUAGGGCCCUGCUUUCUUUGCAAUCCUGAUGUAAUAUGUAUAUA